AUGUUUAUUUUCCAGGUCCGGACCCUAUUUGUCAGUGGUCUCCCUCUGGAUAUCAAACCUCGGGAGCUCUAUCUGCUUUUCAGACCAUUUAAGGGCUAUGAGGGUUCUCUUAUAAAGCUCACGUCUAAGCAGCCCGUAGGUUUUGUCAGUUUUGACAGUCGCUCAGAAGCAGAAGCUGCAAAGAAUGCUUUGAAUGGCAUCCGCUUUGAUCCUGAAAUUCCGCAAACACUACGACUAGAGUUUGCUAAGGCAAACACGAAGAUGGCCAAGAACAAACUAGUAGGGACUCCAAACCCCAGUACUCCUCUGCCCAACACUGUACCUCAGUUCAUUGCCAGAGAGCCAUAUGAGCUCACAGUGCCUGCACUUUACCCCAGUAGCCCUGAGGUGUGGGCCCCGUACCCUCUGUACCCGGCGGAGCUAGCGCCUGCUCUACCUCCUCCUGCUUUCACCUAUCCCGCUUCACUGCAUGCCCAGGUUCCCAGCCCCCCACCUGCCACAGGGCUGUGCCCCCGUCCUACCCUUUACCACCUGUCUCAGGAAGGCAGCUCCAGCUCUGCCCUUUGCUUAGUGAGCAAGUGGAUUCAGAUGCACAAAGCCAUAAGCCGUGGAUGCGCUGGCUCCCUCCUUCCGAGGCUACUUCUCAGGGCUGGAAGUCCCGUCAGUUCUGCUGAAUACUGUGUUCCAGGUGUGUGAUGGUGGCUGCAAUCUGUCUUGUGGGUAUUAAUGCAAUCUUCACUGGUGGCUGUUUUCGAGCUGUCCCACAAAACUGGAGCAUGCUGGCUUGAAAAAACCUUGCCCAGUUUUGACCCCUUCAAGACUUUGCCACAGCCUCCAUCACACAUCUGUUUUUCUCAAAGAAAAAAAUAUAAUAAAUAUGUUUUACUCUUUUACACUGUAUAAUUGUAAGAAAUAGUGUUUUUUUGUGAACGCAUGGUCUGACAUUUCUGUACAGUUUGGAUAUAUUUUCAAACAAAACAUAAAAGAUGUCAACAAUAAAACCAAGAGCGUGAGUAUUUUUAUACCAUUUAAAUACGACAGGAUGGAUAAUCUUACACUGGGUUGGAUAACAAUUUUUGUGCUUGACUUUUGAAUGCCUGUAAUUAAAAAUAUCUAUUUUUUUUCCUCUAAAAUAAGCUGCAUGUUUGAGGCAUGUUUUUAAAUAUUAAAAUUUCCAUAAUUGUAUUGUGAAUAGAGAAAUCUGUGCCUGGCCUGAGUCCAGGGUAAAUUAGAAGCGUGAUGUUAGAAACAGAACUGUGCUGUCUGCAGUGCUAGGUGCACACUCGCGGCUCUGGUAAGACGUCCCUGCAAGACAAUCAAAAGCCUCCAGGAGCUUCUCCCGUGGCGGCACAGUCACAGCUGGGCAAAGAAGCCUUUCCUUGGUACAGAUUCCUGCUCAGAGUGAGCCCUUAGAAAGCCCUGGCAGCCCAAGAGGUGGCUGCACAAACUGACGCACAGAUGCCUCAUGCCCACAGCAGUGUCUCACAGAGAAGGCAAAACCUCGGCUUGGGAGGCUAGGCUGCCUCAGGAUGGAGCCGGCGGUGCCCAACCUGCGUGGCUGCAGCGGGCAGCUCCCAGCUCCCAAGUGAUUCCUGAGUCUGGGCAGCAACAAGCCAAACGAGCCAUUGAAAACUUUAUCUUGAACCCCGUGUGCUCACGGGGACACUACCUACCACACCAGCCCAGAGAGGGGGUGCAGCCAGUGGGUGUUUGGAAUGAAACUGUGUAGCUCGCUUCAAGACUCCUCAAAACCAGAAUGUCAGUCUUGUAUCAUAAGCUGACACAUUUCCACAGUCUGACAGCUGAGUCUCUGCCCCUGUUGUAGAAGAGCCGGGUGUGUAAAAAUACACUGAUCUAAGAAUUUUCAAGUGCUGAUAUAGCUAAAAAUGAUCACAAUCUUUCUUACUGAUCUGCUUACAUUGCGCUGAAGACUUCCUUGUUUUAAUGAUUAUAUGGUUGUUUUUGGGGUUUUUUUGGUUUCAUUAUUUUCCAUUAGAAAUAAAGAUGUCAAGCUUUUAAAGGUCAUCACAACAAAACGACAGAGAGCCAGGGCAGCGGGGCUGCCACCCGCACAUACAUGAGGCCAAGGGCUCGGCAGCGUGGGGCCAGCUGUGUUCAAGCCCGCUUACGCCUUCAGCGCCGCCUGGCUCACAGUGAGACUUCUGUACUCCUGUUUCUAAGGAAAACAGCAACUUCCACACAGUCUAUUAUGCUUUUAUAAACUGUUUAAAGGUACUUUUCUAUUGUUCUUUUUAAAAAUAAAGUGCUUAUCCCAGCUGUCACUCCA